CGCGCACCUCGUCCGCCGAGCGCGUUCGCCGCGCGGGGAGCAAAGGCGGCGCUGAUGAGGAGGAGGAGACCAAGGACGCCAGGAGGAGGAGGAGACGAGGGGACGAGGCAGGAGGCGACGCCGAGUUGGGGAAGAGACGAAAUGGCGGCAAGGCGCGCGGCGCGGGGGAGUUGAGUGAUGGAGGGCAGCAGAAAGAGGAGGGCUGCUGUGGAGGGAGAUCCAAAGAAGAAGAAGAAGAGAGAUGGCAAAGAGAAGAAGCGGAAGAAAGACAAAGCGGAGGAGACGGAAACUCGCCAGAACGGAGACACGAGGGCAACCGUGAAUCCGGGGGAUGCAGAUCCACAGAAGAAGAAGAAGAGAGAUGGCAAAGAGAAGAAGCGGAAUAAAGACAAAGCGGAGGAGACGGAAACUCGCCAGAACGGAGAGACGAGGGCAACCGUGAAUCCGGGGGAUGCAGGGCGGGCCUAUACGGUGAGCCUCGCCCUGCCCGGCUCCAUCCUGGAGAACGCGCAGUCGGCCGAGCUGCGCUCGUACCUGGCGGGGCAGGUGGCGCGCGCCCUCACCAUCUUCGCCGUCGACGAGGUGGUGGUGUUCGACGAGCAGGGCGCCGACCGCAAGGGCGCCGAGGGCGAGUCUCCCGGCGCCGGGAAGCACGGUCACGGCAGCGUGCAGCUCGCGCGGAUCCUGCAGUACCUCGAGUGCCCACAGUACCUUCGGAAAGCUUUCUUCCCAAAGCACAAGGACCUCCAGUACGCAGGGCUGCUGAACCCCGUCGACAGCCCUCACCACAUGCGGCGUGACGAGGAGAGCCCCUACCGUGAGGGUGUCGUGCUCGAGCAGCACGGAGCGCCCGGGGCCAGCGCCAGCGCCAGCGCCAACUGCGGCCUCUACAAGGAGGUGACGAUCGACAGGAAGCUGCAGCCCGGCACGAGAGUCACCGUGCAGAUGGAGGGCAACAGCGCGGGGAGGGUGGUGGCGCCGCACGUUCCGCGCACGCGGGCGGGUAUCUACUGGGGCUACACGGUGCGGCUGGCGUCGGGCCUCGGCGAUGUGUUCACCGGGUGUCCUUUCAAGGGCGGCUACGACCUGACCAUCGGCACGUCCGAGAGGGGCACGAGCGUGGACGACGUGAGCCUCCCUCCAUUCAGGCAUCUGCUGCUGGUGUUCGGCGGCCUGCAGGGACUGGAGUCGAGCCUGGCGAGCGACCGGAGGCUUCGCGUCGCCGAGCCGAGCCUCCUCUUCAACCUCUACCUCAAUACCUGCCCCGGCCAGGCGAGCCGCACCAUCCGCACCGAGGAGGCCAUCCUCAUCAGCCUGGCGAUGCUGAGGCCCAAGAUCACCGCCAGGGCCACGCGGACGGGCAGCGGCGGCUGCACGGACGCCCGGUAGAAUGUUCCGUUGCCGCGGACGCCCGGUAGAACGGUCCGUUGCCACUGUCGGAAGCAUGAGACAUCGACAGCAGUAGGUCGGAGGAGGCUCGUGUCGCGAUGGCGGGCGCUAGGGGCGGCUACGUAUGUAACAGGGUCUGCCUGGCUGCAGCGGUGAUGGGAAGGUGGUAGGAUGGCCACCCAAAGACGCAAAGCCGCGAGGGGGAAACCGGAUAUGUACGAGUACGGAGGUCUUUACACGGGUUUCUCAGUUUUUUACGCGCGCAUUACAAAGGUGUACGCCUACGGUCAGCUCGUUUAACCCCUUUCCCGUUCCGAGACGUCUGUCUGCAAGUUGCAGGGGUUGGAGGUCUUCCCGUUCACCGCCGAAUCUCGGAACCCGCGCUAGCGGUUCAGCGUUCAUUUUAUUUAUAGCGACGUAGCAGCAGCCGCGCUGCUGUUUUUAAAGACAUCGCGCUCGCCGCAGAGAACCGUAGCGGCACGGCCGCCACUCUACGAUAGCCGGCGCCAAACUGUGCCGCACGCCCUCCCGUGUGGCCUUGUGGGAGCCUCGGGGAACGUCUUUGGACCUGAAGACGUACCGAUGAAGAUGUUUCAUUUUAAAUAUCGUCAUCGGAAGAAAAACCGAUGACGCCCAGCUAUGUCAUCGGAUUUGGAAAGGGUUAAUUAUCUGGGGUAACGGUGGGGUGGAGGGGGGGGGGGCCUGAAUAAAACCAAAACAUCAAUUAUGCAACACACAUGUACAUUGUCCACGCAGAAUGGAGGUGAGGAUGCAAGGAUCCUUCGUCUAUAUAUAUUUUUAUUGCUUCUUAAAAGUAAUUGGUUUUGCGCAGUAGCGGCGACUCGAGUCACCGACCCAGGACGAGUGAGGAGGAGCGAGUAAUUAAACCGGUGUGCCCAUGAAGAUGUCUCAAACCGCAAGUACGGUUGGUCAAACCACAUCCGCGCCUCCGAUUAGCACGGUUGGCUACGUAUGUUGCGAAAGAAGUUCAACAAAUAUACACAAUUCCCACUGACUUAACACUGCCCACAGACUCAACACUGCGCCUCCGAUGGGGACGGUUGGCUACAUAGUGCGAAAAGGAGUUCAAUGUACAAGACGUACACAACACAGGUGAGCAGCAGUCCGCUGUGUCGUGUGACACACGCUCGCGUUACACGACCGAUAACAAGAGACAGCAAAGAGGUGGUUGUCGGCAGAGGUGUGUACUGCCUUCAGGGUUUGCUAAAGUAUUUCGUUUUCCAAUGCACCAAUUUCAUAAGGCUAAGGACUUGCGAUUGAAUAAGUGCACAGUGAGAAUGCAGAGUUCACACGAUCAAAAACAUUACCAAGUUACCAAGCCUUCAGCGUGCACAACAUUAUUUGGCACGUGACGUGAUGGGUACUGCGAGAUCCGACCGUGGUCCGUCCAGUGCUCGCUGAGCUGCAUUGGCUUCCGGUUUGCCGAACGAAUACGUUAUCAUGAGGUUGCACUCGAUGCACAAGAAAGUGCUUGCCGCAAAUGAACCACAAUUCCUUGCUGAUCUCAAGAAGCAUAAAUCAAAUUUCGAUUUAAAGCUUUCGUGACUGCAGGGAUUCAUCUUCUUUGGUUCUUUCGGUAAAGUCACGUAGAAGGAGAAUAAAAUAAUAAAUUGAUAAAAUAAAAUAACACAAUAAUAUU